AAUUUGAACGGAAUCGCUUUGCUUGAUGCUCAACGGUAGGCUACCGCAACAGUGGCUUGGUUUGGUUGUGCCUCUAGCGCACGCAACGAGUUAAUUAUAUUUAAUUGUGAGUUUCAUUCAACACGGCACAUCAAUUUGGCCCAUUUUGGUGCAGCGGAACGUUCGGAAAGGCUGCAUGUUGUACCGCUUGCAAACUUUUUGUCACUCGCACCCGUCAACUACACGCCAUAAACGGGGAAAUUUACCGCCAUCCCUGGCAACUGGGAGCUUGCUUGGUGAGAGGAGCAAUUGAUUCUUGCAUCCUGCGCUGUUACCAGCAAAGUGUACCAUUCUACCAUGAAUCUAAGCAUACAUACGUGAGCCAAAUAGUAGUGGAGUGUGCAAUAAUAACUUAUUUAACCGCCCGGAUCGAGGACAGCAUGACCAAGACUUGUUUUCUGUGCAAGAGCAGCGAGGACAACGAGCUGCUGUUCGGUAGAUUUUACUCCAAAUGGAAGCUUACUGUUCAUUACUAUUGCCUGCUCCUUUCCUCGAAUCUGGUUCAGCGCGGCAACAAUGAUACGGUGGGAAUAUUUGGCUUUUUAGAGUCGGACGUGCGCAAGGAGAAUGAGCGGACCAAAAAGUGCCGCUGCUACAUCUGCAAGGACAUGCAUGCGAACGUGUCGUGCUGUUCGAAGAAAUGUUUACGAACGUUUCACACGGUUUGCGGCAUCAUGAAUGGUUGUCUGUCCCACUACACGGACACGUACCAGUCGUGGUGUUCCGCGCACGUGCCGCUUGAGCCGGAAAGCGAUCCGCAUUCGCCGGAGGAAGCGUGCUCGAUAUGUUACGACGAGAUGGGACAGUAUGAUCUGAUCACUUCGAUACGGGCACCGUGCUGCCGGAACGGAUGGUUCCAUCAGCGCUGCCUCGCCCGGUACGCCGAAUCGGCUGGCUAUUUCUUCAAGUGUCCGUUGUGCAAAAAUGAGGACAAGUUCGUGGCUGCGGUGCCACUGCGAGGAGUCUUUGUACCUGAGCGUGAUGCGGCCUGGGAGCUGGAACCGAACGCGUUCCAGGAGCAGCUGCAGCGACCGACGGCCUGCGAUGCGGAAGACUGUAAAUGUGCGGAAGGGCGCACGAUGGACAAUCGUCAGUGGCAGCUCGUGAUUUGUGGUUCGUGUGGAUCAACGUGCCGGCACCGGCAAUGCAUGGAACAGGCGACCGAAGCAGGGCCACAAGUCUACCUCUGCCAGCUCUGUCAGCCGAUUGUGGGUGAACAGACGUCACUGCUCGAGAAGCUAGUGGACAGCAGCGAUAGUAGCGACGAUGACACCGCUUCUACGUCCAGUUCCGUGCCACUCGCUAGAAGGAGCAAGCAUAAGUCCAAAGCUUCGUGUUCGGGUGAGGAGGGCGUACACUGUUCGAGCAGCGAUGAGCCGCUUGCCAAUAUCCGGCGAUUGGCACAUACUGCUGGACGGCGCGUAUCAGAUGCUUCGGACAGUGAACGGUCCGAUGGUAGCUCAAUCCAAAUCCGACGCUUUGUCCGCCAAAAUACGGGCAAGCGUGUGCGUCGUUUGCUGUCGGAUGGUUCGGACAACGAGAAACAAGCGGAAGAUAUGUCCGCUUCUACCGACACGCUUCCGAUGCGCAUUGACCGCUCGCCUGUGGGACUGGCGGAUGACGGCAGUUCGGACUCAUCCGAUGGGAUUGACCACCAGCAUGUGGUGCUUACGCGACAACUGGCCAGACGGUUGUCGUCGCAAAGCGAUUCCAGCAAAUGCUCUACAAUCGAAAGUACCAACAGCAACGAAAUUCUGCGACCGAAAAUCUCAUCUAAACGCAGGGCCAGAAUUGCUUCUUCAUCGGAUGAAUCGGAAAAAAAAUCGGAAGGCGGAAACCAAGCGUCCGACGGUUUGGACGGUUUGUCCACAGAACAACACGACAACAAACCAUCAUCAUCACCAACAUCAUCUUCGUCAACCGCCCGCAGACUCUCCUCUUCCUCGAAAGACUCCUAUAAACGGUCGGACAGUGAGACACAGCUGUCGGAAGAGUUGGAUGAUGAGCUCCGGCCUGGUAAGAAUCGCGAACCAAAACCCUUCCACCCGCUGAACGGUAGAUCGACCCGUGCGUCAAACGACAAGCAAACAAAGACCGCAGUGGAAUCAGGUCCUACAACUUCAGCGUCGGAAUCGGACGAAAAAUCUACCACAACCGAUAAGACAUCGCAGAGCGUCGGCCGCUCACCACCAAAACAAGAGACGAAUAGCAAGGCCAACGCGACGGAGGUGUUUUCGAAGAGGAUUUCUAACCGGCGCACGAGGCAACUCAUUAGAAGGCAUUCCGUUCCAGAACGGUCCACCAGCGAAAGUAGCGUAGAGCUGAAACCGAUAAAACCGAAAAGGACCAGAAUCUCCGCACUCCUCUCUGAAAGUUCGGAAGAACGAACGGAGGAAAAUAGGAAAGAAGAAGCUGCUGCUCCUGCUGCUGCUGCUGGCAUUACGACGGAUAAGCUUGACUGUGCUCCGCGCAAUAAACGACGUAGACUUUCUCGCGCCCGGAGCAAUCAGUCCAGGCAAGCAGUGAAACGGCUGCACGAGCCACCGGAGAUGAUUAGCCCACCAAGCACACCAUCGUCGCUGUCCUCGGAAGCAUCACAGCAACCCGUGACAGCCGAGCGGAGAGAAUCCCUUGAGCCCGUCAAGCAUGCAAAUCGCACCUCCCGCACGCCGGAAACACAGAACCGGCAGCAGCAGUCCAUGUUACAGUUCAUCACCGUUUCGUCCGCUCAAAAGGCCACAGUGGCUUCCGAUGAUAGCACCGAUCAUUCGGCGGAAGAAACUGUUUUUCCCUUGGGCAAUAGUAUCAAGAUAAUGAGUGGUAAAAAUGUUCCGAUCAGCAGCAAACCGAUAGCGGUAGUAAAGCCGAAGCGGAGGCGUACGACGAACUCACCGAAGAAAAAGUCCACCAGCUCACCACCAGCAACGGUCCCGAGCCAGUGCGCCGGUAAGCAGCAAUCACCAACACCAUCAUCGGCACCGACAUCGAGCAAAGCGGCCGCAACGAAGCACAGGACCACGCCACCGAACCGCAUCACGCACGUGCACCAGGAUAAAGGACAGAAGAACAUACUGAAUUAUUUUAACCGCUGUUAGGAAGGAUUUUGUUCCUCUACAUGGUACAAAGUAGAGAUUUUAGAGCAAUAACGUCGAUGGCGUGUGUGUGUGUGUGUGUGGAAUUCUCGUUGCCGUUGCGAUGGACUCGCGCAAGCAAGCUUUAGCCAGUUGUAUUGCAUAAAUUUAGUAUUUUAUUCAUAUCUUUCAUAGUGCUUGCUGACUUGGGAGAUUUACAAUUAGUUCAAUAUUUUGCUUCUUUUUUAUGAUACUGUUUUGCCGGUGUUUUUUGUUUGUAAAUUUAAAAACUUCUAGUUUUGAUUUUUUUAUUCACGUACAGUGGUGGUUCAACUUUCAGCGCAGUAACGACAUACAAUUCUUAAUCUCUAGAAGAAAAAGAAAAACCUCUUACCAAACUACUCGCCGUUCAAGUGUUGAUAGCGAAAUUUAAAUAUAUCGAUGGAGUUAAUCAAAGUUGAAACAUA